AUUCAUCCAUGGCGACUCCCAGCAUCUUUCCUUCAGCCCGUUCACCAUGAACCCUAACACGCCGUGAAGAGGCUUGUCCCCGGCGUGGUGAGGUCCUCCCGUCAGCAUGGCAUCCUCCACCCGCACCUCCAUCCCCGACAGCAUCCCCCCCACAGAGAAGGACCGGCUGCUCUCCUCCACCUCCAGCUAUGGAUCCCAGGGCGUGCACGGCGGCGGGGGUCCACGUCCCACCCAGCUGGUGGGAGCCGAGCUGCACCAGCAGCUGGAGGAGGAAGAGGAGGAGGCCCUGAGGAGGAAACUCAAGUACUUCUUCAUGAGCCCGUGUGACAAAUAUCACGCCAAGGGGCGCAAGCCCUUCAAACUGGCCCUGCAGCUGCUCAAAAUCCUCAUCGUCACCGUGCAGUUGGUGCUGUUCGGGCUGAGCAACCAGAUGGUGGUGACAUUCAAAGAGGAAAACACGGCAGCGUUCAGGCACCUCUUCCUGAAGGGUUACCAGGACAACGCCCCCCAGGCUGUGCACACGCAGAUGGAGCUGUACAGCCACAUCCAGUUUGCCAUCGAGCAGUACUUGGCUCUGCCCCAGAUGGCACUGGGUCGGUACGCGUACGUGAUGGGCGUCGGCACGGGAGGGAGCGCGCUCUCUCUCUGCCAGCGCUACUACAGGAAGGGAACCAUCGACCCCGUCAAUGACACGUUUGACAUUGACCCACGCGUUGUGACCGAUUGCAUCGGGCUGGACCCGGCCACGUACGGUUCUGCGUCAGGACACGGCGACUACAAGAAUUUCACCAUCCAGUUUUACAAGCUGAUCAAUGUGACCAUUGACUUCCAGCUGAAGGCCAUCAACAUCCAGACCAUCAUAAACAAUGAGAUCCCCGACUGCUACACCUUCGCCAUCACAAUCGUCAUGGACAACAGGGCGCACAGCGGCAAGGUCAAGAUCAGUCUGCAGAACCUGGCCUCCAUUAAAGAGUGUAAAGAUCCAAACGUGUCCGGACACGCGGAGAGCUACGCGCGGGAGUUCUUCGACGUGGCGGUGGCCAUCGUGUGCCUGUUGUCCCUGCUGCUGUGCGGCCGCUCCAUCCUCAGAGGCAUCGUCCUGCAGCACGAGUACGUGCAGUUCUUCAAACACACACUGGGCCGCAGCGUGAGCUGGGGGGACAGGAUGGAGUUCAUCAACGGCUGGUACAUCCUCCUCAUCGUCAGCGACCUGUUCACCAUCAUCGGGAGCUUCAUCAAGAUUGGGAUCGAGUCCAAGAGCUUGUCGUCGUAUGACUUGUGCGGCAUCCUGUUGGGAACCUCCACCCUGCUGGUGUGGGUGGGCGUCAUCCGCUACCUCAGCUUCUUUCAGAAGUACAACAUCUUGAUUGUGACUCUCAGAGCUGCUUUUCCGAACGUCAUCCGUUUCUGCUGCUGUGCGGCUGCUAUUUAUUUCGGCUACUGCUUCUGCGGGUGGAUCGUGCUGGGCCCGUAUCACACCAAGUUCCGCUCCCUGUCCAAGGUGUCGGAGUGCCUGUUCUCCCUCAUCAACGGGGACGACAUGUUCGUGACGUUUGCAGAGAUGGAGCAGAGCGGCACGCUGGUGUGGACCUUCAGCCAGGUGUACCUGUACACCUUCAUCUCUCUCUUCAUCUACAUGGUGCUGUCGCUCUUCAUCGCCCUCAUCACCGGGGCCUACGACACCAUCAUGGCCCAGACGCAGGAGCAGGUUCGCAUCACAGACCUGCACGCGUUCAUCGCCCAGUGCACGGACACGCCCAGCUCCGGCAAGUUCCGGGGGCCCGAGGGGCCGUCGUGCUCCUUGUUCUGCUGCUGCUGCGACGGCUGAGGACGACGUCGCGGGUGCAGCAUGUGUGUGUGCAACAUCAAGACACUUUUGAAGUUUUUUUCCUUUUUAUUUAUUUUUUGGAUCCUCUAUCUUUAAAGCAGCACAUUUCCACUCCACUGACUGUUUGCAGCCACUCAGCAGGCACCGUAAAUGCCGGAAGACUGAACCCACCGACCUUGGAACACUUUGUCCUCUGUGCCCGCAUUUAAAUUUUGCAUUUUAAAAUGUCUUGUGGAGCGGUGGACGGCCCGGCGCGGUCUCCAGCCACAUCACCUGCCUCAGCUUUUGUGCCCUAUGAAUAAUUUAUCGUCUCCGCCUGAAAUGUGGGGAUUGUGAGGGCGUAAAUGACUAAAGCGCAGAAUGCCAGUGAACACUUCCUCCGAGAGGAAUGAAGGCAGCUCUUCACUUGAACGAUGCACCUUGCACAAGGCUGCGAUUGUCCACAUGUUCACCUCGGUGACGUUGGCGCCACUUGAUGAUUUAAAUUGCCAUAAUGCAGUGUGGAGGACCUGGACGGUGGUUGGAAAAGGCUCAAGAGUCAGCCGGGCAGGAUGGAGAACAAAAACAACCAAACCAUAGCCAUUAUCUUGAUGUUUGAAUGCAUUAGCUUAAUCAGCAUCUCCAUCCACGGCAGCGCCUCCACUUCAGGGUAAUUAGCUCGCUCCUGCUCCUCGUCUCCUUUGUUCCUGCCUUCCUGCGGCUGGAAGGAGAAGAUGGCUGCACGAGGAAGGACGAGCCCCGGAGCCAACCAGUUGGUCAUCAAUAUGUAUGAACUGUUCCUGCUCUAAGGAGUCAGGUGACUGGGAGACGGAGGGUUUUAUGUUUCCAGAGAAAAGUCGAGCUCUGAAUCACGUAAGCUGACGUUUGAAGGGCUGGGACGUUUUAAGAGAAGCACACUUUGCUCAACAAUGACGCGUUUAAAUGGCCGAGGCCAGUAAAUCCAGGAGUAGAUGCUUGUUUUUAUGCCAAUUAUUUAAUCAUAUUCUUUAUCCUGUUGAUUUGAGACUAGUAAUUUUGUUAAAAUUAUUAAUGCACACCUAAAUAUGUGAUUUUUGAGGCAGAAAUAUGUGAUUUGAAGCAGACUUGUUAAGGUUAGGCUACUGUAGCUUCCUGCUGCCAGUGUAACAUUAUUUUUUUAACAUUAUCAUUUCAUAUCUUAUGAAUGCCGUACAACAAGCUGCAUCCCAGGCAGAGCACAGUUAACAUUAGCUCAGUAAAGUAUCUUCUGCUCCACUGAGUUUUUGAAAACCAGGAAGGAAAUUCUGCUCUGAGACCAGCGAUCUUUCAAAGCUCUUGCAGCACAGGGUCACACUGCAAAAACUAAAAAUCUUAACAAGAAUAUUUGUCUUAUUUCUAGUUAAAAUGUCUCAUUUUUAGUCAAAAAAAUCUCAUUACACU